AUGAAAAGCUUACAAGAAAGAAUCUUCAAAGAACAAGCUGGCGGCGGCGGCGGCGACAGCGGCGGAAGAGGCGGGGACGAUGACGACGGGAAAGGCGGCGACGGCGGGGGAGACGGCGGAGACGACGGGGAUGAGGGGAACCGGCGGAGCGCCAAUCAGAUUGACGCGCUGCCGUUUCUCAGCCUGGCGUUUGCCGCGUUACACGCGUGCUACUGCAUCGUUAUAGGGUUGAAGGAGAAGGUUCUGCCUCCGGAUUUUCUCCGCACAGCUGCUGGGCUCUCCUCGUUGCUCAUCGCUUCGGCCCUUCGCCUGAACUCAACGCGGUAUGGGUUCGACUCUUACGUGCUGGGCCUUGGGGCAUCCGUCGGCGUUUCUGUGUGGUCAGUCCCACUCUGUGCCUGCCUGCUCGCACUUGAGCCUAACUCGCUGUACAAGGAGCCUUCCCCUGCACACUGCUCGGUGCACUCUGCUCGGUUCACUCUGCUCGGUUCACUCUGCUCAGUGCACUCCGCUCCUGCCCCCACUGCUCCUACUGCUCCCACUAUUCCCAUCCUCAUAUGGGCUUAA